GGGCGUAGCCCUAGAGGAAAGCGAUGCGCUCGAGUAGAUGGCCAGUGAAGCUGCGGCUCCCGGAUCUCCCAGGCAGAGAUCUCCCACUCAGAGAUCUCCCACUCAAUCGCCACAGCAAUCCCCGCGGGAGCAGGCGCCAGCAGCAGAUCCAGAGCCGCGAGCUCCAGAUCCACCACCAGCCGAGGAGGAUGCGAUCGCUCCUCCCGAGCCCCCAGCGGCGGUGGCGGCUGCUCCGCCAGCGACGACAGAGGUGAGCGUGGCUGGAGAGGAGCCGGAAGCUAAGCCGCCGGAGCGGCAGCUGAUCAAGCGCGAGGUUGUUCGUGUGGAAGCGGCAUGGCUCAAGAGGAAGAAGGGAAAUCCCAACCUCAAUCCAAGGGGAUUUCAAGUGAUUUGCACGCUCAGUGGCGGCAUGGAUCCCGCGACUGCGAAGAAAGUGUCGAUCGGAUCAAAGCCGCCUCCACUGAACAAGGAUCAACGCGAACCACCAUUCAAGAGCAUUGCGGUUGAUGUCAAAGAGUUUCCAGACGCCUAUAUGUUCGUAGCAGACGUUCCAGGAUUGAGAAACACGGACAUCAAGAUCGAUGUUGUCAACGAUCGAUUCAUGACGAUCUCUGGCGGCCGAUCCCGCAACGAUGAACCCGGUGCUUACUACAUAAGUUUAGAGCGCACAAUGGGCAAGUUCAUCCGGAAGUUCCAGCUCCCAGGGAACUCCAAUCUGGAUGCCAUGAGAGCAGGCUGCCAAGAUGGCGUUCUUACAAUCUUCGUCCCCAUGGCGCCGCCGCUUGCCGAGCCCGUCGUCCGACCAGUGCUAGACGUCGCCUGGGAUAGAAGAAAGAGCAAAGGCUAAUCUUCCAUCACACUGAUAGAUGAGAAGCAAAAUUUUCCGGAUUGGAUAAGAAGGAUUUGUUCUUCCUGGGUUGUUUUGCAAGAGCAUUGUAAAGAUGAAGCAAUCAUCGAAAGAAGAAAUGGGGCAUCAUACGAAUGCUUUGUCAACACAAAAGAAUUCUGUCCCGAAAGAUGGUGUUUG